ACCACCGCUAUAUAGCUAGAAGAUGGCGGCGUUAAACCACAAACAAAUAAACACGCUUAAGAAGACAUAGACAAGGAGACACGCUGUCCCACUGACCCUGGUUCUGAUAACACAGUACAAGGGCACUAACAGCUUCCUUUGGGGAGUAGAUACGGGCGAAGACGGAGAUACUUCAACACCUACCUGAUUGUUCUACACGACCUUGACCCACACCACACAAUGUCGCAACGACACAAGGAAGCUAGGUUCAAUGCUAAGCUGCGACCGGACAUGACGCCGCAGCAGAUAGCGGAAAUGUUUGACGACUUCGCCGAUGACUAUGACGAGCUGAAGGAGGUAGGAUUUUCCUACGUCGAUGCCCUGGAUCCAGCUCAGAAGAUGUUGGAUGUGGCAAAAACCAGAAACGUCUACCGUCGCCUGAUCUGUGCAUUCAUGGACAAAAACAGGGUCGAGGAAAUCGAAACAGAUUUCUACGACUGCAUAACGGCUACGGCAGCCUUCAACGAGGGUUUGGUACCAUGUAAUGCCUUCCCCCAGAUGAUCAGAAUCGUUAAGCCUGGUGGGCGGAUAGUUUUCACAGUUCCACAAAGGAACAUCGAUAAUGCUGUCGAGUACCGUGGCCGAUUGCUUCCCUUGAUAGACAAGAUGGCGGCGGAGGGAGUCUGGGACGUGACCGCAGUACCCCUGGCUGACGGCGAACUGUCCCAUGCCCUAGGUCCCGGGUUCUUUACAGUUUAAAAGUAAACGUAUCGGAGAAAUAUUUUGAGAUUUAAUAAAGUCCUCUCUUUGAAUUAUA